AUGACUGACCGCUACCGGGCCAGUUCGCAUGCCGCCGCUGGGCGCUCGUCCACCUUCAAUCCAGCCAGGUCCUCCAUGCCCACCAGCAUAGGCUACAGCUCCAUCUACGCCGGCGACAUGCAUGUCGUGCCGUCAGCGACCCCGAGACAUCACGUCACAACUCCUCGCGCCUAUGCUACCUCGUCGUCGUCGACUGCCUCGGCCACGCCCACCACCACGAGGACCUACGCCGUCGCCCCCGACCCUCGCCAGCGCUCCACCACUCGCGAGACCGGCCGCGCCCGCCGCUCUACCCUCGACUCGGCCUCGAGGCCUCCCGUCAUCAUCACCACUACCACCCAAAAGGACCGGCCCCACGCCUCCUCCUCUCACACGUCCAACACGCGCUCCGGCAGCCCCAUUCGGGACGACUACCGUGCCAGCGACGGCCAGUUUUACGCCCAGCCCGCCUCGUCCAUCCGUUCCCGGAGCACCGCCCGCCCGUACCACGUCGCCACCGCCGCCGACGACUCGAGCCGUUUCCGGGAUCGCGGCGAGGCCCAGUUGAGCCAUCGUGAGGUCGAGGCCUAUCGCAGCUCCCGCCCCUCUGUUGCAUAUCCGAGCGACCCCAGACACAGCACCGCCGCCAUCGACUACGGCGACGAUGGCUAUCAGUAUACCAACGCCGGCGAGCUGGCCAGGUACGACCUCGACCUCCCCAAGUCCUCGCGCCCGCGCAGGCAGGAAAGCGUGGAUAGAGGAUACUAUCGGCCCAACAUCAACUACAACGCUGAUCAGCGGAGCUUCAACGUCAACACGAGCCAUGACUUGAGCCGAAACUACAACAUGAACACCAGCCGGCCCUACGACGGCAGGGCCGGCCCACCUCCAUCGACCCGUGGCUUCGACAGGAUAAGCAGGGCGUACGAGCCCGCGCGCGACCUGCCUCCCGCUGCUCCGGUUCCGCCCUCGCCCACUGGUGCCUCGUCUCUGCUUGAACCGCCUUCUGACCGGUGGGAAUCGGGGCGUCGCAGCCGGCCGCUCUCUCUUCACCAGGAUGGCGCCCCUCGAUCCUCUCACCAUGAUGAAUACCAAAGAAGCCGCGAUGAUGAGCGCCGCAUGCGAGAGCAUCGCGAGCGAGAACCCAACAUGGACCGGCCGUACGAGCCUUCCCGCUUCAAAGACGAGAGCAUUGCGUCCCGCGGCUUUGGCAUCCGGACAGAUGCCUUGGAGGGUCCGGGUGACGCCCGAGAGCGUCGUCGGGAGCCCCGAUCAGAGGAGCCCAAGAGGCGAAUGGACGAAACCGUGGUUGAAGAGCGUCACGAGAGAAGAGAGAGCAGGCGCGAGGAUGAAGGGGCUGACAAGGAACGGUCACGUCUUCGCGAGAAAGUCGCGGCUGGCCUGAGUGUCGCGGCCACUGCCAUCGGCCUGGCGCCUACGGUCAUGAAAGAGGAGGACAAGAAAGACCAGGGCGCAAGGGAGCCAAGGAGGCGCCGGAGCCCUGGCGAGGACAACGAAUGGCGGAGAGAGCCCGGCUUACCCGAGCGAGCCCCAGUGCCGGCCAAGGACAGGGAACAAACGCGAGCAAAGGAGGCGUCCUCUCGAGAUGGCUCCAGGACCAGCACCGAAAGUGCUGAUCGCCCCAGGCGGACGGCUCGGCGGCACCAGUCGUCCGGCGGCUUCGACCCCAAUGACGCCUCCGAUUUGAGGCAGCUUAAGGAGCAGCUGGCGGCCAUGGAUGACUCAGACAGGGGAGCGAAUGCGGAUCGGGGAGAUUCGGCCGAAGAGGAGAGGCAGCAGUCUCCUUCGUCGCCCUCCACAAGGCGGCGCGGGUCGAGUGAGUCGACGACAAAUCGGUCCCGUGAGCGCGAGCUGGCGAUUGUCUCCACCGGGACGAAGCAAGUCCGAGUCGUCUCGCCCCCAAGAGAGAAAUCAGAGGAGAAGCCUCUCAAGGGCAUCUUGAAGCAGCCGAGCGCGCGCUUCCCGGAGGAAACCAACCCAGUUCGCGAGGGUGUCGCGCCUCACAAGGAGGACAAGAAGCUCAAGGACGCGCCACAGGGUGCCAGGUGGACCAAGAUCAAUCGCAAGAUUGUCAACCCGGAGGCCCUGACUGUUGGCAAGGAGCGGUUUGAGGUCCGGGACGACUUUGUCAUAGUCCUGCGCGUCCUCAGCAAGGAGGAGAUUCAGGCAUACGCCUCGGCAACGCAGGUCUUGCGAGAGAGGCGACGAAACAAGUCUGACGGGGAUCGCGAGCAAGAUCGCGAUCAGGAUGACGAAGGGAGCCGGCGGCAUCACCGCUCUCACCGUCACAAGGACGAGGAUGAGCAGGACGGGGAAGAGAAAGACCGCGAGCGCGAGCGCGAGAGGCGCAGGCGCCACAGGAGGGACGGCGAGGACGAGUACGAGGCCCGGUCGCGAGACUCGGAGCAUCACCAUCCCCGGUCCUUCCGGGAGAGGGACCGUGGUGCGGAAGCAUGA